ACAGCAUGGCGCAGACCAAAACCAGCAUACUGAGGGGCCUGCUCCUCUCCAGCCUUCUGCACCUCACCUUGAGCCAUGCUGGAGUUUUCCUGGAAAAGGGGCAGGCAUUGUCACUGCUCAAGCGCCACCGACGUGCCAACAAGGGAUUUGUAGAAGAAAUGCUUAAGGGAAACCUGGAGCGAGAGUGCUUGGAGGAGAUAUGCAGUUAUGAGGAGGCUUUCGAAGCCCUGGAAUCCACGGAUCAGACGAACAUAUUUUGGUCAAAAUACCAAGUAUGUCAGGGCCUGGGAAAGUCCAGGGCAGUUCUGGAUGCUUGUCUAGAAGGUAACUGCGCUCUUGGGCUGGGCCAGAACUAUCGGGGAACAAUUAGCCAAACCAAGUCUGGGACUGAAUGUCAAGUGUGGACAAGCAAAUAUCCACAUAUUCCUAAAUUUAAUGCCACCAUUUAUCCCACCCUCAUUGAGAACUACUGCAGGAACCCAGACAACAACUCAGAAGGCCCAUGGUGCUAUACCCGAGACCCAACGGUAGAACGGGAGGCGUGUCCCAUCCCCGUGUGUGGUGAAGACAGAACAACAGUUCCAUUUACUCCACGGGCCGUAGAACCUGCACCAACAGAGUCUUGUGAACCAGAGAAAGGCAUGCUUUACACAGGGACUCUCUCAGUCACUGUGUCUGGAGCUAAGUGUCUGCCAUGGAACUCUGAGAAAGCCAAAGAGGUGCUUCAUGGAAAACAAAUUGACCCAGAAGUGGAGCUGCAGGAGAAUUACUGUCGGAAUCCAGACAGAGAUGACGAGGGUGCCUGGUGUGUCAUAGAUGAAUCACCCUACUUUGACUACUGUGAUCUGCACUACUGCGACAGUUCGCUAGAAGACGAGAACCAAGAGUUUGAGGGAAUAUCAGGACGUUCUACUAUUCCUAAAGAGUUCAAACCCUUCUUUGAUGAAAAAACUUUUGGUUCAGGUGAAGCAGAUUGUGGCACUCGUCCUUUAUUUGAGAAGAAAAAGAUAACAGACAAAAGUGAGAGGGAGCUGUUGGAUUCCUAUGCAGGAAGAAUUGUCGGUGGGGAUGACGCAGAAGUUGGCAGUGCCCCCUGGCAGGUGAUGCUCUACAAAAAGUCUCCUCAGGAGCUGCUGUGUGGUGCCAGCCUCAUCAGUGACAGCUGGAUCCUAACUGCUGCUCAUUGUCUUUUUUAUCCACCCUGGGACAAGAACUUAACUACAAAUGACAUAUUGGUGCGGAUUGGCAAGCACAUAAGAGCAAAAUAUGAAAAGGAUAAAGAGAAGAUUGCUCUGUUGGAUAAAAUCAUCAUCCAUCCCAAGUACAACUGGAAAGAGAACAUGGACCGAGACAUUGCACUCAUGCACUUAAAGAGACCCAUGAGCUUCAGUGACUACAUCCAUCCUGUCUGCCUGCCUACCAAAGAGGUCGUGCAGAGGCUGAUGCUGGCAGGUUACAAAGGGAGGGUAACUGGCUGGGGAAACCUGAAAGAAACAUGGGCCACCAGCCCCUCCAACUUGCCCACAGUUCUGCAACAAGUCAAUGUGCCCAUAGUAGAUCAAAGUACCUGCAAGGCAUCCACCAGAGUCAAAGUCACUGACAACAUGUUCUGUGCAGGUUACAGUCCUGACGCGCUAAAGAGAGGAGAUGCCUGUGAAGGGGACAGCGGGGGACCUUUUGUAAUGAAGAACCCAGAUGACAACCGUUGGUAUCAAGUGGGAAUAGUUUCAUGGGGAGAAGGCUGUGACAGAGAUGGCAAAUACGGAUUUUACACCCAUGUAUUCCGCCUAAAAAAGUGGAUACGAAAAGUCAUCGAAAAUCACGGGAGAUAGAUGAAGCAUUUACCUUGCCUGGUCUCAGUUUUGCUACAACGUUCCACUUUAAAACAUAAGCAGAGAGGAUCCUGAAGUAAAACAAGUUAUAUCCUUACAACUUGACAAAAGGAAAAUAAAAGCUCUUGAAAAUAAAAGCUCUGAAACCCAUCUUCUUCCUUUUAUUCAUCCUGAGUUUAGUAGCAGUUGUAUCUAAGUCAUGACAGUAGCCAGGAGUACCACAGCACUAGCUAUACUGCUAAUUGCCUGUUGUACUUACAAAUUCCCCUCCCUUCCACCAGCUAUAAUCAACAGGUUUUGGACCUCACAUAAUGGCCUUUUCAGUCACAGCAAGCAUGACUAUACCCUCAUGCACUAUCCCUUUCCUCCCUUCAAGACAACUAAUAUUCUGUUCUAGUUUUUGACCCAUGUAUGUACCAGAGAUAACCACCCUACAGCACCUGUAGCAUUCCACAAAACACCAAUGUCAAAAGUAAAGCAAUUAGAAGCUGUUUUGAUCAGACAAACCAUGUUCACAGCAACAACGGUCAGCAAUAAAUACCAGCACCACUGUGUGCAAUUCAUCCUAGAAAGGAACAGUGGCUUGAAUACAUUAAGCAGCACUUCCAGUAACAUCCUACACAGUAGGUGGUGCUGGGUGUUCAUUGUGUAUUUUCCACCUGCACAGCAAGAUUCUGAAGGAAGCAAUUAUUGUGGUCAUUGUCAAAGCCUGCAAUGAAAACAUCGUGCACUACACCUGUUUGCUUGUGUUAUAAAGGCUGUUUAGGGAUCUCUCCAAGAACAAGCUUCAGUCUUUCAUGAACUCCUCUUUAGCAGGAAUUUGUGGACCACUGAGGACCCAGAAGUACAGCAGGAAACAAAUUCUUGACCACCCAAUUUGUUCAGCCCAAUUUUCUACUAAGAAAAUAAUGAGAUUUUUGCCCAAAUAAAGC